AUGCAGCUCACAUCACGGCUGUGGGCGCUGCUGGCCUUCUCGACGCUCCUGUCCGCCGGCCAUAUCGGCGCCCUCCCAUCUGCAUCUUCCUCCCCGCUCGCCGCCUCGUCCUUCCCGCCGGUCGCCUUGGACGCCAACAUUACGCCAAAAGACCUCGAGGUGUACAACCAGGGCUUCGACGAGGACGCCGUCUUCCGCGCCUCUGACCUCGACGACGGAGACGGCACGGGCGACCCAAAGCAGCCCGGUUGGGUCGACCCACGUAAGAAUGGCGGCAGCAUGCUCGACCUCGUCGGCAACGGCCUACGUGAACCCAUCAACGUCAUCAUCUCGGGCCGCUCUGACCCCCACGUCCUCUCCGACGCCGGCCUAAAGGACUACGUGCGCACCAUUGGCUUCUCGUUCGAGUGCCUCAACCUGCACAUGGGCAACCUCCAACGGGCCGACCUCGGCGACGGCAAAGGCUGGAGGCCAGAGAUGUUCGAGUACCGCGAGACGCAGUGGCCCGGCGCCCCCGGACGCUGGGUGGGCGCGUGCUGGGAGAGCCUGUACGGCGGCAACCACUUCCGCGCCUGGAAACAGAACGGCACCCUGGCCAACACGGGCGCCUGGUUCCUCGCCGUGUCCAAGGAAAAGAACCUCAAGUACCACCACACCAUCGACAAGGACGGCUACAACCUCGGCCGCGACCUCCUCGUCGAGGCCGCGCAGCGCGGUGGAAAGUGGCAGAACUGGCGCUGGAAGGCCAACGUCGAGUGGGCCGAUGACCUCCUGCAGAAGGGCCGGCGAGGCAUCAACCACAACAUCCCGCAGGACGGCCGCACCGCCAUCUUGACCGUCUACCGGGUGAUUGACUCGCCCGUCACGUCUCCGGGACGCUGGCUCGCGCUCUCGUCGUCCUUGAACGCGUUUGCUAUGUGGAUCACCGAGACGGUCGAAAAGGCCAUCCAGGGGCUAGGCCUGGCGCCUGCCUCUCUGUGA